AUGAUCACCCUUCCCUGUCGUUUAUUUUUGCUAUUUCAGGCACUAGUCUUGGUGCUUGCCGCCGCCACCUGCAACGCCGCCAAACAUCACAAGGAUGGUGGUGUCAUUGCAUACGUCGUUGACUGGGAUCUUCCAAGCAAGAUUGCAUGGAACAAGCUCGAUCAAGUUAUUUACUCGUUUGCUGAACCUGAGAAGAAUGGAAAGCUUUCUGGUUUUGAUGAGAGCCAACUCAAAUCAGUUGUCAAGGAAGGACACAAACAUGACACAUUGGUUAGCUUGGCUGUAGGAGGAUGGACCGGUUCUUUGUACUUUAGCGAUCUUGCCAAAACUGAAAAGUCGCGUCAAAAGUUUGCCAAGAACAUUGCUAAGCUUGUCAAGAAGUACGAUUUGGACGGUGUCAACCUUGACUGGGAGUAUCCCAACAGCCCUAACGGCGUCGCUUGUAAUGCAAAUGAUCCCCAUGACACUGCCAACUAUCUCAAGCUCAUCCAAACUUUGCGCCAAGUCCUUCCCAAAAAGACUUUGAUCACUGCUGCUGUUGGCACCACUCCCUUCAAUGAUGAAAACCAACAACCCUCUACUCACUUGGAUAAGAACUGGGCCAAGGCCAUUGAUGGCAUCUACAUUAUGGGAUAUGACAUCAACGGCAUUUGGAAUACUCAAGCUGGUGCUAAUGCUCCCCUUCGUGCAAACGCUAAGGCUGCUGGUAUUGAUACUGCUAGUGUUGACAGUGCUGUCAAGGCAUGGACUGCUGCUGGUAUUCCUUCUGAAAAACUUGUUCUUGGUGUUCCUUUCUAUGGUCGCAUUGGCCAAACCACCGGCAAGGCUCAUGGUCUCUAUGGCAAAUUGGAUACCUCGGAUGGUCAAAUUCGUGGUGAUCAAUACGAUAGCAAGGAAAAGGAUCCAUGCCCCAACGCUAAGGCUUCCUACUCUGGUCAAUAUGAAUGGCGCUCUAUUGCAAAGGAAGGCAUUGCCCGUAACGAAUCCGGCUGGAACACUGUUUGGGAUUCUAUCAGUCAAACACCUGUCGCCGUCAAGGGAUCCAAGUUUAUUACCUUUGAUGAUGCCCAUUCUCUCCACGCAAAGGCACAAUACGCCAAGAAGCAAAAGCUUUCAGGUGUCAUGCUCUGGUCUUUGGAAAUGGAUGACGCUCAUAAUACCCUGCUCAAUGCCCUCCAGGGUGUCCGAUCCAAGCAUUAG